AUGGACACCCAUACAAUAUUAUCGAUAUCGAUACUCGCGUCACCUGUCAGGCUGUCACUAACCGCGGGGGCCGGGCGGCAGGUGCGAGCAGACGCGGCGGCGCGCCAGUCUCCCGCGGCAUUGGCCCUGACUACACGUCGCGCUCACAUCGACACCUAUCGACACGUGCGUGGCGCAACCCUAUUUAACGUUCCAUUUUUAAAGUGUCAGUGGCUUCGGGAUUUUUUUAUGCCAGUACUAAUUGAUAAUUCGAACAUAAUUCGGACGUGUAGUGCAGUG